AGCGAUAAAGGUCGGGCAAUAUGGCCAGUAGUCGAGAAGACUGAGCGAGGAGACGGGGAGGCUGGGCAAGGCGGGUGAGCAAAGUGGUGGCGAGGAGACCAAACGUGAGGGUAUCGGGAGGUUAUACGGGCAGACUGAAGGCUAAAUGUAUACGUGUAUGGCGGUGUAAGUGACCAAACGUGUGGGUUGUGGCCUGAUGUUUCAAUUAGGUUAGGAUUUUGGACGACCAUAGUAACCGUGAGUAAAAUUGAAAAUCUAAAUUAGGUCGGAUCUAUUUCAAAUAUCCAAUCUAUUAACUUUACUGACAAAAUUUUAGAUACAAAUCUGAACCUAUUGGAUACAGAACCUGCAGAACCGUGGAUACGUAAACCUGACAGAUAAAAUUGCCCUCCCUAGCUAAUCGUGCAUACACCUCUGACCUCUCUGGUCUAUCUUCAGUUCGGCUUCGGUCAGAGCUUCGAUAUUCGCUUUUUUACCACUGAAAAAACUGAGAAUUAUUUAUUUACUAUCAUAUCUCACAUAUAUAGUGUCCACAUAUCAUUAUGAGUAGCAAUUGUCAGUUUUUAAGUAGCAACUGAACUAUUAUCCCACUGCCCACGGACUAACGAUCCCGGUGACUCGCCGCACGCACUUCGAGUCUUGACUCUCGAGAUCACCGGAGUUGCGGGGAAGGGGCGGAGAGGAGGACGGCGUGGUGAGGCGAGGAGUAGCAGAGAGGAUUCCGCCGCCGCAGCCAUGUCGGUGCAGGAGUACCUGGAGAAACACCUGCUCUCGCGCAAGAUCGAGGAGGCCGUGAACGCGGCGGUCCGCGCCAAGGCCCCCGACCCGGUGCUCUUCAUCGCGAGCCACAUGCGGCGGGCGGCGCCCGCCGUUAUCACGAGGGUGCGGGCGCGGCAGAUCCUGGACGGGCACGGCGUGCCGGCCGUGGAGGUCGAGCUGCACACCAACAAGGCCGUGCACCGGGCAUCCGUGGCCGGAGCGGGCGCGCCCGAGGGCGCCGCCGCCGGCUCGACCGGGGACGCGGAGAGGCGGAGGAUCCUCGCCAGGGCGGUCGCCGACGCGGUGCGGGUGAUCAACGACAAGGUGUCGGAGGCGCUCGUGGGGAUGGAUCCGCAGCAGCAGGCGCAGAUCGACCAGGCCAUCAUGGACAUGGACAAGGCGCGCCACAAGGCUGAUGUUGGAGCGAAUCCUAUGCUGGCAGUUUCAAUUGCGGCUUGUAAAGCUGGUGCUGCUGAAAAAGAGAUUCCACUCUACAAGCAUAUAGCAGAUCUUGUUGGCAAAAGUGCUACAUCACUUCCCGUCCCUGCAAUUACAGUCAUUAAUGGUGGAAAGCAUGCUGGAAAUGGUCUUCCCAUUCAAGAAAUUAUGAUCCUUCCAGUUGGUGCAAAGAACUUUGAAGAAGCAAUGCAGAUGGGUUCCGAGACAUAUCAUCAUCUCAAGGAUAUUAUCUUGGAGAAAUAUGGUUCAGACAGUUGCAACAUUGGAGAUGAUGGUGGGUUUGCUCCAAAUAUUAACAGCAUAUCUGAAGGCUUGGAUCUUGUUAUUGCGGCAAUAGAGAGAGCCGGUUAUAAUGGAAGAAUAAAAUUGGCAAUUAAUGUCGCUGCUACUGAUUUUUGUGUAGGAAAGAAAUAUGAUCUGGAGUUCAAGUCAGCAAAGAAAUCAGGGCAGAACUUCAAAACUGCAGUUGAUAUGAUUGAGAUGUAUAGCCAGCUUUGUUCAGAGUACCCGCUUGUCUCUAUUGAGCAGCCCUUUGACAAAGAUGAUUGGGAGCACUCAAAAAAGUUGACCACCCUAGAGCUGUGCGAGGUUGUAGGGGAUGACUUAUUGAUGUCCGAUCCCGAACGCAUUAAGCGGGCAGUAAAUGAGUACACUUGUAACGCUCUUGUUCUCAAGGCAAAUCAAGUGGGAACUGUCACUGAGGCCAUAGAGGUUGUGAAGCAGGCAAAGGAUGCUCAUUGGGGUGUGAUGGUAUCACAUAGGUCUGGAGAUACCGAGGAUUCUUUCAUCGCUGACCUGGCUGUUGGUGCUGCAGCGGGACAGAUCAAAGCUGGUGCCCCCUGCCGUGGAGAGUGUCUCACUAAAUACAAUCAGCUGCUUAGAAUAGAGGACGAACUUGGUAGUGAAAGUGUUUAUGCCGGGGAAAAUUGGAGAACUGCAAGCACGAGCUGACUUGUGGUAUUGAUGAGAUGAAGGAAAAAUUGGAGAUCUUGACCUGCCUUGAUGUGUUAGCCACUUAGCCUUUCAUUGUUGUCUUGUCAAAUUGUGUUCGUUCUUGCUCAGCCAAGGUAUGGAAACAGGGUGGCGAAAUAUACAAUUUUGUAUUAGAUAACGGCAUUGUUGUCUAAGAUGUAGUGGACGAACUGGUGGGAGUUUACCUUUUUUGUGCUUUUCAACUCUGAUUCGUUUAAUCUGUAUAGUAUGGACUAUAAACAUGAGUAAAGAUCUUGAUAAAAUGGUUUAAGAAAUAGGUA